AAUGAGCACAUAAUGCAGAGAUAAGAUAGUUGCUAUUAAAUAUCGGCACAAUUUUGAACAAACAACAUUUCAACGCUAAAAUGUCUUGCGUAAUAGCUGUUCGCGUUUAUGCAUGUCUCCUAUGGACCGAAGCAUUCCUCAUUACAGGUGGUUACCUGUUAGAAGGACAAGUGACAUCACUGCCAGGAUCUCAACUACAAAUGACAACAGGUGUUGUGUGUGAAGACAACAACCAUACAGACUGCAUGCUCCUGGAUUCCCAGAUCAAUAUAUGCUCCGAUAUUGGAAAAGCUAAAACAAUCUGCAAAAAGUACUGCGAUCUCUGUAACGUUACUGAUGGAAAUUGGUGUGACUGGACAACUUGGUCCAACUGCGAUGUUACCUGCGGGAAUGGUUCACAGUCUCGAUCAAGACAGUGCAAGUGUCCUGCACAAGCUAAUGGGGGAUCAAACUGUGAUGGUGUUGGUCAAAGUAGCCAAAUUUGUUACCAAAAAACCUGUCCAGUGCAUGGCGGCUGGAGCAGGUGGUCGUCGUGGGGUAGCUGUAGUGCUACAUGUGGAAUAGGUCUACAAAGACGAGAUAGGAGCUGUUCUAAUCCUUACCCAGGACCGGAGGGAAAUCAUUGUCUUGGUGACGCACGAGAUGACCGUGCAUGCUUCACGAGAGCGUGCUCUGACGGUGCAUGGUCUUCUUGGUCGACCUGGAGCACGUGCUCAGCUUCCUGUCUGGGUGGAAUAUCACAAAGGACCAGGCUAUGUAACAGUCCACCCCCAUCAACUUUUGGACAUGAUUGUGUCGGUAACACGGAGGAAACUAAGAAUUGCAAUUCUGUUACAUGUCCUGUGGUAAAUGGACGAUGGUCGUCAUGGAGUAGUUGGUCAUCCUGUUCUGUUACGUGUGGUGUAGGAAUGAAGGAAAGAACGAGAAGAUGUGAUAAUCCUGCUCCGUCAAAACUUGGACAUGCAUGCAUUGGCAAUUCAGAGGAUAAAGAAGUAUGCAACAUGAAUAAUUGCCCAUUGUCAGUGCGUCUGGUCAAUGGCCCGCAUACGUUUGAAGGGAGAUUGGUAGUGUAUCAUAAUGGGCGUUGGGGGACAGUAUGCGACGAUGGUUUCGACGAUGAUGCUGCGAAGGUUGUUUGCACAAUGCUUAAUUUUCCAGGAGACGUAAAUCUUGCCCAGAAAUAUUCAAGUGCACCAUACGGCAAAGGAUCAUUGCCGAUCUUACUGGAUGAUGUUUCUUGCGCUGGUUCAGAGUUAAGCAUAUUUGAUUGCUCACACAGCGCAUGGGGGUCAAACGAUUGUAAUCAUGGAGAAGAUGUUGGUGUGGCAUGUCAUACAUCUCCUGUGCGCCUUGUAGAUGGACCACACAUGUAUGAGGGAAGACUAGAGGUUUAUAACAACGGAGAGUGGGGAACUGUUUGUGAUGACCAUUUCAAUGACAAUGCAGCAAGAGUUGUCUGUAGGAUGCUUAAUUUUCCGGGGAUUGAGGCUCAUGCAUUUUCAAGCGCACCGUAUGGUCAAGGAUCUGUGCCCAUUCGUUUGGAUGAUGUAUCAUGCGAUGGGUCGGAGUCAAGUAUCUUUGAUUGCUCACAUAGCACCUGGGGGUCAGAUAACUGCGGUCAUGGUGAGGAUGUUGGAGUGUCUUGUGUUUCAGGGCUGGUUGUCCGUCUUGCUGGAGGAGGUUCACACAGUGGUCGUGUGGAGGUAUCUUUGGAUGGAUCUACCUGGGGUACUGUGUGUAACGACGACUUUAACAACAAUGGCGCUAAAGUUGUUUGCAGGAUGCUGGGAUUUCCUUUAACAAACCCGACUGCAUAUACGGCUGGUGGUGGCAGUGGACACAUCUAUCUCGACAAUGUUAUUUGUAGUGGUUCAGAGAGCAAUCUACUGUCCUGUAACCACAAUCAUUGGCAUGAUGAGAACUGUGACCAUGACGAAGAUAUAGGAGUCAGAUGUCCUUCUUAACUGAUCUGUUUUCAGUUUAUGGAUAACUAUCUGUGCUUAACUGUCUCUAAUGAUGUUUUGUUCAAAAUAAAGUUAAGGAUAUGUGAAA